AUGUCGGGCCGUGGCAAGGGAGGCAAAGGAUUGGGAAAGGGAGGAGCCAAGAGACACCGGAAAGUUCUUCGCGAUAACAUUCAAGGCAUCACAAAGCCCGCCAUUAGAAGGUUAGCUCGAAGAGGAGGUGUCAAGCGUAUCAGCGGUUUGAUAUAUGAGGAGACCCGUGGAGUUCUCAAGAUAUUUCUCGAGAAUGUCAUCAGAGACGCCGUCACAUACACCGAACAUGCUCGCCGGAAAACUGUUACAGCGAUGGACGUUGUUUAUGCGUUGAAACGACAGGGGCGUACUCUCUAUGGAUUUGGUGGUUAA